CGGAACCGACCGGACCGGGCCCGCACUCCACUCGCAGCACUAUGCUGAAGCUGAUGUUCGAUGAAUGCUCGCUCACAGGGCCUGGCUUUUGGCUCCCUUGCUGCUGCUGCUACUCAGUAGGAGCCUUUUCAUGAUGCGUUGUUCUCGACGACCAACGAUGCUGCGGCAGAGCCAGCAUGCUGCAGGACGACGACUCGACUCCAUCCACACGGAUGAUGAUGAUGGCGCAUGAGGCUGGGUGGUGGAGCUGUUUGCACGCCAAGCCACACCAACAAACACCGAACAGUCAGGCAGCCAGCCAGCCACCAGAACCUGCGAAAAAGGAACAAAAUUCUCAGUUUGCACCGAAUGGUUUUCUCAAGCGGACGCGAGAAACGGGGCGGUUUCGCUGGAUUUUGCGAUUUUGACGUUUGUUUCGUAGGGGUGGUGGAAAACGCGUUCUUUUUUGACUAUUGAAACAAGCGACGGGCGAGUCCACCUGAAAGGAUUUCGGAGAUCGAUAGAACAGGAGGGCCGUCGAUAAUUGGGCCGAGGUUGAAUGGUUCGAGAAGCGGUUGUAUCCGAGUAAACAAUAGGAUGGUCGAGGAAGUGUUCGCGGGUCAAACGUAGUGUUCAGAAGAACGUUGCACGGAGCCGUCGGUCAUAUGAAUUAAUAAAUUAUUACGGAGCAGAACCUCCGCGAGACGUGCUGUCCUGGCGGUGAGGUUCGUAGUCGUGUUUUCUGCCGUGUCGUGUCCCCUCCAGUUGUUCGGUCGUCGUCCGGGCCCGGAGGGACGGUGGAGUGCGGGAGCUCGCGAAUGCAAGAAGAACGGCAAAGAAAAAGAUAAAUAAAGUGAUCUGGAAGCAGGGAAGCGAUCCGGUCUGCGCGCGGCGGAGCUCCGGCGAAGAAUCAGAAUUCAUAAAAGGGAAGAAGAGCAAGAAGCAUGAAAAAUGAUGCAAUUAUAUAAUUAAGAAGUUUGAAAUAUUUUCGUCUGUGUGUGAUGUGAGAGCAACGGCUACGGCAGAGGUCUCCGCGAGGCUGUUCCCUUCCUCUGUUCCUGCCAGGAGUAUAUUAUUAUUUUUCACGGUCUCUCAGGUUUCGCGAGUGUGUCCCGUCUACCUACAUCGAAGUCGCGAAGGAGAAAAAUUCUCAGCGAUUAAGAUCGAUAUCGCACACCGCGCGAGCAGCGAAGAAGACUCAAGGAGACAGACAACCCACGUGGAGGUCAGCGCGGUUCAGCAGCAGCAGCAGCAACAGCAACGAUGGGGCCAAUCAAGUUCAACCUGUCAGUUGCCUCGGCGGCCACCGCCGCCGGCUUGAUGGUUUGUUUACUGACAACGGCCACAUUGGUCACAGUGGGUCACGCAGCAAUAGCGACCGCAGCAGAUGGCAGUGACGCUGGUCAAGCAACGCCGAAUGCAGCGAUAGUGAAUAGAAAGGUGACAGCUGAUGGCGGCGACGGCAGCAACAGUGGUCAUCGAGAUGAUGAGGAAUUGCCAGCGAUGUCAAAGCCGACGGCGGCGGUGGUGGUAGCGGAGGAAAGGGAACCGUCGGCAUCGGCGGCGGAAUCAUGCCGGGAGGCCUGCUCGAAAAAGCACUCCACAAAGGAAUCGCUUUGUUCCCAGCGCCGGAACUGUUCAACGUGCCAACGAAAAUGCAUCCUCGAAAGUCUAUCUCCGUCCACCAGAGAUCCCGCCCACCGGCUAACGCUGGUCCUACUGCAGAUGAUCCGCAACGAGUCCCUCGUAACGGCCGAUGUCGCAUGGGUCAAUGCAGCCGACAGCCGUUCCAGUGCCAAUCGCUCCCAACAACAACAGCAAAAUCAGCAACAGCCACAACAAUGCCUGGUCACGUGGGAAGUAUCCGGCGGGGGAUUGAUGGGCAACCUGCUGACCGAAUCCAGCACCGUGCAAUUAUCGCUUUGGCCCGAAACCAACUAUCGGGUGCAGGUCACCUGCCGGAGCAAGGUGAGCUAAACAAGAUCGAGACAUUGGGAACCGAGAAUAUUAUUUUAUCGUUUUUUUGCGAUGUUAUCGUCUGGUGGUUGGUCGGCCGGCCGACCACCAAGUGCUAUUUUAGAGCAAUUCCUGGCUUAAUUAUGGUAAUUUUAUUGCAACUAAAAUGUGAGGCAAGGCACUAUGGGGUGAAACUUGAAAUGUGGCGAUAGAAGCUUUAUAAAAACUGCGUUCAAAAGUUAAAAAAGAACACAAAUCUGACCAAGAAUAGUAUAUUAUGUGUAAAUGGGUUAAUAAUGUAAAAAAAAGUCAUAAAAUUCGGUUAAGAAUACUUCCUAAAGGGUGAUACGGUCAAAAUUUGGUCACACAAUUUGUUUCAUAACUUGAGACUGCGUACACCAAAACAGCUGUUUUUUGAACCAGUAAUGGUACAUUAUAUGUAGCUUAUACCAUAAAAUUUUCAUCAGAAUCGGUUUAGUAUUUGCAAAGAUAUUGUGAGUCCUAAAAACUGCAAUUUUAAAAUUUUGUACAAAGAGGAUUGAAAAAUUCAAACACAUUUUUACUCUUUUAUUUAUAGAGCCAGAAAUACUGAACCAUUUUCAAUGAACAUUUUUCUGUACGUAAAGUAUACAUAUCAAAAUGUCGUGUAAAAAUUUCAUUCAAUUUGAUCCAGCCGUUACAAAGUUAUAUUUGUUUAGGUGGUCAAAUUUUGUCAAGUCAAGUCAAAUUUUGGCCACACAUUUUUUUCAUAACUUUAGAUUGCGCACACCAAAACAGCUGAUUUUUGGAUCAGUAAUGGUACAUCAUAUGUAGCUUGUACCAUAAAAUUUUCAUCAAAAUCGGUCGAGUAUUUGCGGAAAUAUUGUUGAACCCUGAGAUCUGCAAUUUUAAAAUUUUGUGCAAAGAGGAUUCACACAUUUUUACUGUUUUAUUUAUAGAGCCAGAGAUAUUUAACCGAUUUCAAUGAAAAUUUUUCUGUAUGUGACGUAUGCACAUCAAAAUAUUGUGUAAAAAUUUCAUUCAAUUUGAUCCAGCCGUUACAAAGUUAUAUUUGCAUAAGUGGCACCCGGUCAGUUUUUUUCAUAUUCAAACUGCUACAACUUUAAAAGAAUUCAUACAAAAUGGCUCAAAAUUUUACUAAGAACAUAUUUUCAUAAUAGUACUAUACUGUAAAAUUUUGAUAAAAAUCGGAGCAGUAUUGGUAGUUCUAUAAUCAAAAUUGUGCUUUACUGAUCUUAAAUUUCCGAAAAUUUACUAUGGAGCGCCUUUGUACAAAAUUUGAAAAAGGUAGGUCGAUAGUUUUAUCUAUAUAUCAACCAAUACUCAAUCGAUUUUGAUGAAAAUUUUAUGGUGUAAGCUACAUAUAAUGUAGCAUUACUGGUCCAAAAAUCAGCUGAAAAAAAAUGUGUGACCAAAUUUUGACCGUAUCACCCUUUAUUCGAUUAUUUUGAAAUG